UCAUACCUGCUUUGCUUUGUUGCUUUGUGUACUUUUCAAAGAAAAAUCAACCCUACUUGUUUACUUCGUGUCAAUAGCAAAGGGGCGUCACUCUGUUUUUCAAAGUUGUAUAACACAAUGGUGUGGUCUACCCUAGAUUAUGGGUCAUGUAUAUGGGGUGUGUAUGAGUUUUCAUGUGUAAAUGCGGUACAAAAUAGAGCUAUGCGCUUCUUUUUAGGUUUACGUAAAUUUGCACCAAAUAAUGCUGUAAUUGGUGAUAUGGGCUGGACACCAACAUUUAUUAUGCAAUGGUGGAGUGUUGUCAGAUUUCAUAGACGUUUGUGUAAUAUAGACCCUGAUCGGAUAACAUCAAAAAUAUUUGUAUGGGGCUAUGACAAAGUUAUAACUAAUUUUUCUUUUUUUUCUUUUUCUGUUUUUUUUUCUCUUUUAUAUUUUAAAUGUACCAUUAUGUAAUUAGUGUCUCGUAGGCCAACUGGCCGGGUGCUUUUUUUAAAAAAUGUUUUUUGUAUAUGUCUAUAGAUGAGUUGCAGAUCUGCAAUGACUCAGCUUUAACCAUAGUAACCCACGCGCAGAACAGGAACUUCCGAGCAUGCGUACUUCGCUCUGCGGCAAAAACACACGGAAGUGCCCUACGUUUUUUCCGCCACAAAUCAACGUCACUCCAGCAAUUCUAUUGUAUCAUUUCUCCGUACCAAAUGCCUGCCAGUUGCUGCGCUAUCGGCUGCAGUAAUCGUGGGGGUGGGGAAAAUCACCAUAAAUUCUUUCGAAUUCCGAAAGAGGAAGAUGUUCGUAAGAAAUGGAUUUUUGCCAUUCGCCGCAAAGACUGGACACCAACCGAAUAUUCCCGCAUUUGCAACGAGCAUUUUCAGAAAGGUCGUCCCUCAAAGGAUCCAAAUGAUGCGGACUAUGUGCCAAGUCUGUUUUCCUUCAAAACAGAGAAUGCUGCUACCACAAAACAGAGAAUAAACAGGCAGAACCGUUUGAAAGAGAGGCAAGAGAACGUUCAGCGCAGUGUAGCUGCAUCAGCUCUUCUGUCUAUUGCUAGUAUUGAUGAUGAUAACAGCCCUGUCAGUGUGAGUGUCCAGACUGAUCCAAUGAUGACAGCUCGAUCUUGCUAUCCUGCAUCAUCGCAGACUAACAUACAGAACCGCGAGAUGGAAGACCUGCUUUCCUGGAAAGAAUAUGCCUUGCAUCUUGAGAUGACCAACCGUGUCCAGGAGAAGUACAUCAGCACAUUGGAAAAGCAAGCAAGUUGA